UUGUCAUCGUCCAUCGGUUAAUUGCCAUCUCCGUUUCUUCUCUCCGAGGAGAAUCGAAUCGACAAAACCCUAGAACAUGACCUCAAAGCUACUCUCCAAUACCCUAAUUCAAAAUCAAAAUUCACUAAUUAGCAGAUUCUAUUACACCAAUAGGACUAAAAAAGUGACCUUGUACUCAAAACUCAGUCCUUUAGGAGACCCCAGCACCGGUUUGGUGCCUGUGCUCGACAAUUGGGUCCAAAAUGGGAACAAGGUACGAGUUGGCGAGCUUCAGCGCAUUAUUCGUGAUUUCCGCAAGCGAAAUCGGUUCGCUCAGGCUCUCGAGGUGUCUGAGUGGAUGAAUAAAAAGGGCAUUUGCAUAUUCUCACCAACUGAACAUGCUGUUCAAUUGGAUCUGAUUGGUAGAGUCCAUGGCUUCGUUUCUGCUGAGAACUAUUUCAAUAACCUGAGGGACCAUGACAAAACUGAUAAGACAUAUGGUGCUCUCCUAAAUUGUUAUGUUAGACAGCGACAAAUUGAUAAGUCCAUCUUACAUUUGCAGAAAAUGAAGGAGAUGGGUUUUGCCUCAUCACCUCUUGCUUAUAAUGACAUUAUGUGUCUCUAUACAAAUGUUGGCCAGUAUGAGAAGGUUCCCCAUGUAUUAACUGAGAUGAAGGAGAAUAAGGUAUGCCCUGACAACUUCAGCUACCGACUCUGCAUCAAUUCCUAUGGUGCUAAAUCUGACCUUGAGGGAAUGGAGAAAGUUUUAAAUGAGAUGGAGUGCCAAUUGGACAUUGCCAUGGACUGGAACACAUAUGCUGUUGUUGCCAAUUUCUAUAUAAAAGCUGGUCAUACUGACAAGGCUAUUGAUGCCCUAAAAAAAUCAGAAGCAAAGUUAGAUAAGAAAGAUGGGAUUGGCUAUAACCAUCUCAUAUCACUCUAUGCUACUUUAGGUAAUAAAGCUGAGAUCUUAAGAUUAUGGGAUUUGGAGAAAACUGCAUGUAACAGGCACAUAAACAGAGAUUUUAUAACCAUGCUGGAGUCUUUAGUGAAGAUUGGUGAGCUUGAAGAAGCUGAGAAAGUACUGAAGGAAUGGGAGUCAUCUGGGAACUUUUACGACAUUCGUAUACCAAACGUUAUGGUUAUUGCAUAUUCCCAAAAAGGAUUAUAUGAGAAAGCUGAAGCACUGCUAGAAGAAUUGAUUGAGAAAGGAAAAGCUACCACCCCGAACAGUUGGGCCAUUAUUGCUGCAGGAUAUCUUGAAAAGGGUAAUAUGGCAAAAGCGUUUGAAUGUAUGAAGGCUGCCCUCUCCCUACGUGUGGAGAACAAGGGAUGGAAGCCAAACCCGCGGGUGGUUAAACAAAUUUUGAGUUGGCUUGGCGAUGAAGGUUGCACCGAAGAUGUAGAAGCAUUUGUUGACAGUUUGAGCACUGCUAUUCCAAUGAAUAGACAAAUUUAUCAUGCCUUGUUGAAGGUACAUAUAAGAAGUGGCAAAGAUAUUUUUGGACUUUUGGAUCGCAUGAAAACUGAUAAAAUAGAUGAAGAUGAAGAAACAAAGAAAAUCCUUGGUUUGAGACACAAUUAAAUUUUAUAAACAUUGUUCAUGUUUAAGAGUACUGCAAAAUUUUGGUGCUUCAACUAAUUCAAAUUUGGUGCUUCAACUUCUUCAAA